CAGAGUGUCGCAUCUGACGAAACUGUUUCGACUUCCUUCAAUCACUAUCCUACGCCCACCUCUCCGCGCGCGUACCGAAUAGCCUGCCUGCCGUGAUGGCGCGGCUACACAUUGUCGCGCUGCUGAUAGCGGCCCUGGUCGCCAUAGCAUCGGCGAGCUCUGCGCCAACCUUUUGCAAAUGCACCUGCUUCAAGAACAGCACAAUCAUCCCACUAGGGCCGGCCGGGAAAAGCGGCGACUCCUCUACCUCGUCCUCCCUUCGCCGGUCAAUAUCACUGGGCUCGUUGCUUGGCCCCCGAUUCGCCGAGUCCUCUGCUCCCACAGGCAACUCCCGGCGGUCGGCAUCAUCAUCCUGCUCCGAGUGCACCAAAGCGUUCUGCCUUAGCCAAGGUAUUAGCUUCUGCAAAGACGCCAAAGAAGAGAAUGUCGUCACCAUGUGCUUUCAGCGGGACAGCAACAAGGACAAGAUCAUCGUAUGGGGCUUCAUCCUAGGAACGACUGGGCUCCUGGGAUGGACGGCGUUCAAGCGCAUGAUCGAGUGGCGAGAAGGCAGGGCCAUGGGUCGGCAAGAUAUCAGUUAUGCCCCAGUUACGAGCGGUGGGCAAUAGCAUGCGACUACCUGGCGGUCCAAGCAUGUAAUCACGGCGCAACGGAAUCACUUCUCUAAAAUUUGCCUGUCCAACCCGCAAAGGGCGCUCGGCAUCCCUUUUGAUAUCUCGCAAUAACGAGCUUCCCGCGCUCGUUCCAACUCUUAUGUCCUGCCACAAAGCCUGUCAGGCAGCAUUUGCGGCGUCUCUCAAACAGUCAUCAUCCGUCGCCACCGACACUACACUAGUUCUCGGUUGGCUCGGAGCCUCGCUAUUGUCACACAGCAGCCGACGUGGAGUAUUUAGUCCUCCUCCAGCAUGCUCACCUUGGCAUCCUCGCCAACGCCGGAG